GGUGGGCGGGAUACCCACAACUCUUCAUCACGUUCACAUGUAACCCGCAAUGGCCUGAUAUUGUUCGCUACGUUCAGUGUAGAGGACUCACUCCAGAUGAUCGCCCGGAUAUCAUUUGUAGAAUUUUCAAGAUAAAGCUUGACAUGCUCAUAAAAGAUGUGAAAGAAAAUAAGCUAUUCGGUGAAGUUAAAGCUGAAUUGCAGCUAGAUGAGAAGCAAAUAAAGAAUUAUUGUUUGUUGGAAGUUGAGAAAUAUCUACAACAUCGUGGAAAGUCUCUAUUCUACUAUGACGGAAUGUCUCGAGUAACGGAUCUUGACAUCCCCUCUCUUGAUGAUGUUUUGAUACACGAGGAAUUGAGAUAUGACAAACAUGCUUUGGCAGAGGAACACGAUAGAUUAAUUUCCGCGUUGACAGAGGAUCAAAAGCGUGUUUACGAGACAAUGGUGAGUUCUGUAGAUGCCUACUAUGGCGGUGUGUUCUUCUUAUAUGGACACGGUGGUACAGGGAAAACAUAUCUGUGGAAGACCUUAUCAGCAUAUAUAAGACAUCAAGGAAAUAUUGUGUUGAACGUAGCUUCAAGUGCGAUCGCAUCAUUGCUCCUUCCUGGUGGAAGAACGGCACAUUCCAGGUCGGUUUUUAGGUUUAAAAAAUUGUAAUUUCAAAUAAAUACUAACACAAUGAAUUGUAACUUUCAAGUUUAAAAUCCCACUCACAGCAGCGGAAGAUUCAACUUGCAAUAUAUAGCUAGGAAGUGCCCUUGCGAAGCUAAUUCAAAUGACGAAAUUGAUAAUUUGGGACGAGGCACCUAUGACUAAUAAGUACUGCUAUGAAGCUCUUGAUCGGACUAUGAGGGAUAUUCUUCG